AAGAUGUAACGUUAGCUUACGAAUAUGUUGACACCUUCCGACGUCAAACCUCCAAACCCUCUCUCGAAUUGCUCUCUCUUCUCUUCAACAUCCUUUAGUUUUGUUUAGCUUACUUGAGCUCCCUUCAGUCUUAUUCCCUACAAAUCUUUCACAUUUGUUUCCCUUCUUUUUGUUUUUUGUUUCUUCAUUGAUUGCUUCAUCUAUCUUCAAUUUUGGUUACUGUUUGUUUUUUUUAUGUUUGUUUUUUGGGCUUCUUUCUUCUGGGUUCAUUGAUUUUGGUUGAAGGAAUCUGAAUUGGCGGGAGCCAACGUUCAAUUAUGUGGUUUUAGGAGGUGGGUUUUGGUUGGAUUUGGAUUUGGGAUUUGGGAUUGGAAAAGGUUUCGAAAUUGUUGGGUGUUUUGAUGGCUAACCCAUCUGGGAACCAUCACGAAGCGGGCCAACCAUCGUCUUCCUUUGAUGGAGGGAACCCCAGCAAUGGUAAUUCGACUCCUGUGCCGGUGGCGGAUAAUUCGAGCUCGGCUAUUGCUAUGAAGCACAACCCAGGUAUCUCGACGGAUUGGACAUCUGAUGAGCAGGUCACACUGGAAGAAGGGCUUAAGAAAUAUGCUGCAGAGUCUAGUGUUAUUAGGUAUGCAAAGAUUGCAAUGCAGCUACCAAAUAAGACCGUACGAGAUGUUGCUUUGCGUUGCAGAUGGAUGAAUAAAAAGGAAAAUAGCAAGAGAAGGAAGGAAGAACACAAUUUAUCAAGAAAAAAUAAAGAUAAAAAGGAAAGAGUAUCGGACCCUUCAAUGAAGUCAGCACAGGUUGCAGCAAGGCCUAAUGUGCCUCCUUAUGGAAUGCCUAUGAUUCCUAUGGACAAUGAUGAUGGCGUUUCAUUUAAAGCUAUUGGUGGUACAACUGGAGAUCUUCUUGAACAGAAUGCACAUGCCAUGAAUCAAAUUUCUUCUAACCUUGCAUCUUUUCAGAUACAAGAUAAUAUCGGUCUCUUCUGCCAAACGCGGGAUAACAUCCUCAAAAUAAUGAGCGACUUAAACGAAAUGCCGGAUGUAUUGAAGCAGAUGCCGCCUCUUCCGGUGAAGGUGAACGACGAGUUAGCGAACACGAUCCUUCCACCGACCGCUCAUUCCAUGCAAUGAUGAAAGAUGUUCAACAAAAACUGGUUCAGCAGCUACAGAUCCUCCCUUUCAAAUCACUUCCUCCUUCAGAAUUUUCUGCAUAUCAUCAAAUUUUUUUUGUUGUUGCUUUAGCAUAUAUGGAUUCAUACAUUAGCGUAGAUUGUAACUUAGAUGCUGUGUAAUAAUUAGGAAUGUUUUUUCUUUCUAAUGGUCUGGGAAAUGGAAAGUAAUAAACAAUGGUUGAUUAUUUGUA